AUGGGUUUGUUUUCGAGGAAACCAUCCAGGAGAGAUGCCCCCGUAUAUUACUAUGUCCAACCGCAGGUGGCACAGCCAGCUCAGCAGCGCGCAGCUUCCAUGAACUCGUUAUCUGGACAAGCGGCCGCGGCGGCUCUUAGAAAGUACCAGACUGGACCCUCUGCUCCCCAACAGCAACCAUUGAGAUCUAAUUCACUGAGUUCAAGAUCGUUCCGAAGCCCGCAACAAAGGAAUUCUUAUAUGAACACUGGAAGGUCCAACUCGUUGACGUCCUCGUCCUCGUAUUAUACACCCCAGCAACAGCAGCAACUACAACAACAACAACAACAAGUGAGGCGCCAACCGUCAAGGUCCAAUUCUUUGAAUUCACAGACUUCACGGACAAAUUCGAUCACCUCGACGACGACAAGACCAGGACCAGAUGGGAACUCCAUAAUACGGACGGUCAGAGAACAGAGUCUGGACGGAAGAACGAAGACUAUAACCAAGCAGACCAUUCAGAAACUAGGCUCUUUCGAAAUUGUUAAAACUACAACUAUCCAAUCAAACAGACUGCCGGUUCAUUCUGCACCUAAUGCGAAUGAAUUGGAAAGUAUUGUUGAGGAGUUUGACGAUGACUUCUACCAGGCAGAAGACGAACUGCCGGAGGUUGCUCCCGCCAUUCCCAAGAAUCAGAGAACGGGCCGCGAGAUAUUUGCAGAUCCUGCUGAGCAUUCUUAUCGUGAUUUGACCAAACCAGCUCCCUCUCCUGUUCGUUCUAUACUGAAGAAGUCCAAUACUUCAUCUCCUGUGGUUCAACAAUCGCCCAUGCUACGCACCCAGAGCGCCAAGAAGACCAGAAUUUCUGACCAAGACAGCGAUUCUGGAGAUUCUGUGUACUCUGAUGCAUUUGAUCUACUUCCUACGAAUCAGAAAGUGACGGAGGACGUUCACUCCAAUGGCAGCUUCAGAAAUUCGGUAGAAUCGGCCAGGAAAAGCGUAAAGAUCAAUGCUGCCCCUCCCUCAAAACGGAAGUCCACAGCUGACGAGACUGAGGAAAUGUACCAGAAGGCGUAUGCAAUUGCUCUGAAGAAGGUAUACGGAGAAGGAGGGAAGCCCCAGCCACAAGCACAACCCCAGACAGCUCCAGCUGUCCCAGGCCGGACCAUGUCCAUGACCUCCAUGGGCAGUCAGGUGAGCAGCCAUCCACACUACCAGCCUUCCAAUCACGCUUUCAAGACGCAUUCGCUCAGAACUGAUAUUCCUGAGAAAACGAGAAAGGACAGCAAGAAGAAGAAAACCCGCGAACGUGAGAUGAAGGACGAAGUCAAGCUCUUGAAGAAGCAGAGAGAGUCGGAUGCUACAGCGCUAAUAAGUGGUCAACCAAUUGAGCCGCACAGACUAUCGGAGCAGAAUGUUCGACCCAUUGAACAGCCUGUGGUGGAGGCUGUUCCUGCUUCAGUGUCUGCUCCCAAGAAGAAGUCCUCGUUUUUCAGCUUCAAGAAAGAUAAGAAACCUAAAAAAGAAGAAAAAAAGGAUAAGAAAAAGGAAAAGAAAGCUGAGAAACCAAGCUACACGGAAGUCGAGCCAGUUUACGCAGAGCCUCCAGCAGAAAGCCGGAGGCAGAGUAUUACAGUUGCGCUUCCAAAUCAUGCUGAACCAAUAGGGAACGCAGAUGUGAACCCCAAUCUGAUUAACGAAAUCAUCCCUGAACCAAGCACCGAUGUCUCACCGGGAUUACAGUUGUCACAAGAUGUUUCGCAAACGGACUCUCAGUUCGAGUCGCUAUCUCAACCGCUCUCUCAAUCGCUUGAACCACGUUAUGAACCACGUUAUGAACCACGCUACGAGCAGAGAACACCUUCAACUGCUAAUACCACUCCACCAAUGCAGGAGGUGGACAACUUGCCGUAUGAGACACAGCAACAGCAGUACUCGCAGUCCCAGGAAACUCCACAAGGAGAUCAGAAGAAUGCGCCGCAAUCACCAAAGAAGGUUGGACGCAAAAUCUUGAGACUGUUCAACUUGGACUGA